AUGAUGGCAUCUCAUAAACUAGAAUUGUCACACUUUGCGGACCUCACGCCAGCACCGCAAGAGCGUCUAUGGCAUUCCGCACCCCACCCGCGGCUCCCGAUUGCCGCGACCUGCGGCGCAGAUAAAAUGAUACGCAUCUACUCACUCUUGAAUUUUACAUUAAUCUCCUCAAUAUCCGGUGGCCAUAAACGAAGCGUCCGCAGUUCAGCAUGGAAGCCCAAUUCUCGGGAAGAAACUGUGCUUGCGACUGCAAGCUUUGAUGCAACUGUCGGUAUAUGGAAACGGUGGGAUGAUUUCAAGGAUACUUCAAUGGGUGUGGCACACUCAUCGAUGCUAGAAGAUGGUAACAUGGAUAAAUAUUCAGCACCAGAGGGUGAAAAUGAAGAAAGUGAAGACUGGACAUUUGCUGUUCUGCUAGACGGUCAUGAUAGUGAGGUCAAAGGUGUUUCUUGGUCUUCCUCUGGCUCCUUUCUUGCAACAUGCUCUCGCGAUAAGUCGAUUUGGAUAUGGGAGGAUUUAGAAGAUGGCGAAAGUAAUUUCGAAACUAUUGCUGUGCUCCAGGACCAUCAGGGCGAUGUUAAAUGUGUUUCCUGGCAUCCAGAAGACGAUUGCCUCGCUAGUGGAAGUUAUGACAAUACCAUUCGACUAUGGAAAGAAGACAUUGAUGAUUGGAGCCAAGCUGCAUGUCUCAGUGGCCAUGAAGGCACCGUGUGGGCUGUUGACUGGGAGGCACCAUCGCGCUCUAGGACAGAUUCUGAUAAUCACAACAAAAACGGCGCCCUUGAUUUACCUACCAUACCUAACACUGGAGGGGAAUCGACAUUAGCACAGGGAGUUAAGCCGUGUGCGCCACGGCUAGUGUCUUGUUCGGACGACAAAACCAUCCGUAUUUGGAGGAAAUUGUCCGAUCAGGCCCUCACAGAUACCCAAACCUCAAAUAACUCGAUACCAGGCACUAUACGUACAAAUUCCAUUGACGAGACAUGGGUUCAAGAGAGCAUUUUGCCGGUGGAGCAUGACUUGUCCAUUUAUUCGGUGGCUUGGAGCAAACGAACGGGUCUUUUAGCUUCUACAGGUGCGGAUGGGAAAAUAGUGAUCUAUGCAGAGCGACCAAAAUCAAGCCAAAAGGAUCUUAAACCCAGUCUUCAUGAUCACUUAAACCAGCCUCCAAUCAACACCGGGGAAGACGGAGGCAUCGAUGCCAUUCCUACUGAAAACACGCAUGAUGUUGAUAUUCAUACACCAGAAACAGAGUGGCACAUAUUGUCCACCGUUGAAGCAGCUCAUGGUAUCCAUGAAAUCAAUCAUGUAUGCUGGGCAAAACGAGCUGAUAUUCAUAGGAGUCCAAGUUUUAAACCAGGCGAACAAAUUCCACGUAUGCAAGAAGAAAUCCUUCUUAGUACUGGCGAUAACGGAAUAGUCAGGGUUUGGGAGAUAGUCGAAAAAUAA